CCAACGGCGCGGCUGUAAUUCGCGUGUAAUAACGGCACUAAUUGCAUGGGUUUUCUAAGUUUUGUCUAGUUGUUUUCCCCCCUAUUCUUUUAGUGUGUGUGUGUGUGUGUGUGUGUGUGUGUGUGUGUGUGUGUGUGUGUGUGUGUGUGUGUGUGUGUGUGUGUGCGAGAUACGAGCACCCUCGACGUAGACGUGGUCAGUUUACAAUCAGUUGGCGUGUCCCGACCCGGAGACUGGUGCGCUGGUGCUGCGCUUUCCACCUCAACACUUUCUGUCACCUUUUUUUUUUUUUUUAAUAACACGUUAACUGUACUGUGUCUGUUACUCGUUUACGUCUUCGGUGGAAGUGCGAGAAGACGGUCCGGCCUCAAGAUGUCUGUUGCGGGCUUGAAGAAACAGUUUUAUAAAGCCAGCCAGAUGGUGAGUGAGAAAGUUGGAGGUGCAGAGGGAACAAAACUAGAUGAGGACUUCAAAGACUUGGAAAGGAAAGUAGAUGUGACCAGUAAAGCAGUAGUGGAGGUUAUCUCCAAAACAUCAGAGUACCUUCAGCCCAACCCAGCAUCACGGGCGAAACUGUCCAUGUUGAACACCAUGUCAAAGAUCCGAGGUCAAGUGAAGAACCCAGGCUACCCCCAGGCCGAGGGCCUGUUGGGGGAAUGUAUGGCCAAGUAUGGGCGGGAGCUGGGAGAAGACACUAACUUUGGCGGUGCUCUAGUAGAUGCAGGAGAGGCCAUGAAGAGACUUGCAGAGGUCAAAGACUCUCUAGACAUUGAUGUCAAACAGAAUUUCAUUGACCCAUUGCAAGGGCUCUGUGACAAGGACCUAAGAGAGAUACAGCAUCACCUGAAGAAGCUGGAGGGCCGUCGCCUGGAUUACGACUAUAAAAAGAAGCGCCAGGGCAAGAUCCCUGAUGAGGAGGUCAGACAGGCUCUUGAGAAGUUCCACGAGUCCAAGGAGGUGGCUGAGACCAGCAUGUACAACCUGCUGGAGACUGAUAUAGAACAGGUGAGCCAGCUCUCCUCUCUGGUGGAGUCACAGCUGCAGUACCACAGACAGGCUGUGCAGGUCUUGGAGGAGCUCUCUGACAAACUCCGAGAUAGGAUGAAUGAGGCUCAGUCCCGACCAAGACGUGAAUACACACCAAAACCUAAGCCCAUCUUUGAUUUUGGAGAUAAUGACCAGUCAAAUGGUGGCUACACAACGUCAGUUGCUCCGCCACCCUCACGUAACUCUGCACCAGAGCAGCCGAGCUGUAAAGCGUUGUACGACUUUGAGCCAGAGAACGAGGGAGAGUUGGGCUUCCGUGAGGGUGAUAUCAUCACCCUGACCAAUCAGAUCGACGAAAACUGGUACGAGGGAAUGCUGCACGGCCAAUCAGGAUUCUUCCCUCUCAACUAUGUCGAGGUUAUUGUACCCUUGCCACACUAAAAAAAAAAAGUGCUCCAAAGAGAGCAAGAGGGUGCGAUAGACUGGUAGAGGAGAGAGAGAAAGUAAUGAGUUAAUGUGUCAGGGAGGAAAAUGAAUGCAGGGAGGGUUCGCAGAGUAUUCAUUUUCUUCAUCGAAACCAACAUCACCAUCACCACAAAAAUGCACUUUUUGUCACCUUGACUGUAGAGCAGGUGAAUUUGAUGGCUUUUCACAUUCCGGAUCAGAAAAGUAACGAAUUUAAUAUCAACUUGUCUCACUCAGAGAUGCAGAGAUUGAGACAAAGAUGGGACAGGCUCUGAAUAAUGCCAUCUUUAGUGAGAGAUUCAGAUACCUGUUGCCUAGCUGAUGUAUGCUAAGUAUUGACGAGUAAUAUUUUCCAUUAACUAUGAAUAACUGUUCUUCAAUAAUAGAAAGUGAAAGAAUUGAAUAUGAUGGUAACCUGGUUAUGGUGACUGUAAUGACAGGACAUGUAUUGUGAUCUCCAUUGUAAAACUGCAGUCAAGUUGACCACCCAUACUGUAUGUCCUCCAGGACUGAAAAAGCCAACUCGAGUGUUGAAGUGCUUCAUUUAUAACUCAACUGAUAAGUUUUCUAAUUUCAAAUGCAAUACAUUUAUAAAUGAAGCCACUCUUCAUGCAUUGCUCAGAUUGGCGCGCCACGCUUGACGCCACCUGCUGGCUUGACACAGAAUCAUAUUCAAGUGACAAAAAACAAAACCCACAGAUACUUGUGAGGUUUAAAAUGUAGUUGAGAAGGGUUUGAUCAGAAAAUACUGCAUAUCUUUUUUUUAUAUAUAUAUAUUUAACCUUAAAUUUGAUUUAAUAUGAUACUUUAGCUGAUAUGGGUCUCACAUUUUAAACUGGAGUUUCAAGUGUUUGUUUGUUGUUGUUUUUUUUUUUAAACCCGAUCUUAAUUCUGGGAUCGUCUACACUGCAGCCCUCACCCUCCGGCAUUUGGCGCUCUCAACCAUAUAGCUUCAAGAGAACCCAGCAGGUCUCAUGCAGUGGUUUCUGUAAAUUGUUUCAGUAUUUCAGUUGUUAGAUAGAAAAUGUUGUAAUUGCACCUUUGACCUCAGAGAUUGAAUGAGAUCGAUGUGUAUGAUAUAGACCACCCUCACCAUCACAAUACAGAUCCAAAGUUUAACGCUAAUGUUGCACCUUUUUCCACUUGACUUUGUACUGUUUGUUGCUCCUAGUAAUGUGACGUAGGUCAGUCGUGAUUUUACAAUUGUCUAACAGUCCGUUCGAGAGGAGAUACAGCCAAAAAGUCUUUAUAAAAUGCAAUAACAGGUAUCAUCUAUUGGGCCUGUGCACCACUUAGGGCUAUCAAGGUCUAUAACAUAGCCAUAUAUCAAAUUUGGGUCCUGUUUCCAUUAGUGUCUAUUUAGUUAUUUUUUUAUAUUAUAAGCCUAUUGACACCAUCGUAAGCGCCUGUUUACUACAUGCUGUGCCUGAAUAGAUAACGCUGCUGGCAGCGUCUCAGUCUCACAUGCACUGCAUGCUUUCCUACUUGUCCUUCUGCCCUUGUGUCUUGGAGAAUGUGAAAAUUGAAACGCUGUGUUGCAAUGGAAUUACCUUACUCUUGUGCUGACCCUGUGAUUCUGAUUAUUGACAGUGGUUGGGAUUCUUUUCUGUUUGGUUAUUGGCAGGAGAGGCCAAUGUUGACAGGUGUUGGUGCUACAAAACUACCCAGCUAUACUGGCUAUGAAGUCUAGUCCAACAUACACUGUAUGAGAGAAAAAUUAGGGUUUCUUGCGGGGGUCACAUUAAGAGAAAAGGGAAGAUAAACACUGAUGAGCCAAAACAUUAUGACCCACUCACAGGUGAACCGAAUAACGUUGAUCAUCGCCAAACAAGGGCACAUGUCAAGGUCUGGGUAGAUUAGAGGGUAAGCGAAAAAUCAGAUCUCGUAGUCAACGUGUUGGAUGCAGGAGAAAUGGGCAGGAGUAAAGACCUCACUGACUUUGACAAGGGUCAAAUUACUAUGGCCAGACGACUGGGUCAGAGCAUCUCUGAAGUAGCAAGAAUUGUAGGGUGCUCCCAGGCAGCAGUGGUGAGUACCUACUGACAGUGGUCUGAGGGACAAACCACAAACUGGCAACAGGGUAUUGGGCGCCCCAAGGUUCACUAACGUGCAAGGGCAACGAAGGCUAUCCCGUCUGGUCUGAACUGACAGAAGGUCUACUGUGGCAAAAGUCACAGAAAUCUUAAUCAUGGGUAUGGGAGGAAUGUGUCACAACACACAGUGCAUCGCAACCUUCUGAGUAUGGGGCUGCGUAGCCGCAGACCGGUCAGUGUCCAUGAUGACCCCUGUCCACCGUCGAAAGUGCCUACAAAUGGGCACACGAGCAUCUGAACUGGACCUUGGAGCAGUGGAAGAAGGUUGCCUGGUCCGAUGAGUCCCAUUUUAAUUUAAAUCACAUGCAUGGCCUUGUUACGUGUGUGUUGUUUACCUGGGGCAGUAAUGGCACCAGGAUGCACUUUGGGAAGAUGACAAGCUGGUGAAGGGAGUGUGAUGCUCUGGGCAAUGUUCUGGUGGGAAACCCUGGGUCCGGCCAUUCUUGUGGACAUCAAAUUUGACAUGUGCCACCUACCUAAACAUCGUUGCAGAACAGGUACACCCCUUCAUGGCAAUGGUAUUCCCUGAUGGCAGUGGCCUCUUUCAUCAGGAUAAUGCACUCUGACACACUGCACACAUUGUUUGGGAAUGAUUUGAGGAACAUGGAAGUGUUCAAGGUUUUGUCCUGGCCUCCAAAUUCUCCAGAUCUCAAUCUGAUUGAGCAUCUGUGGUAUGUGCUGGACUGACAAGUUGGCGGCUCCACCUCGCAAUUUACAGGACUUGAAGGAUCUGCUGAUAAUGUUUUUGUGUGAGAUACCACAGGACACCUUCAGGGCUCUUGUAGAGUCCAUGCCUCGGUGGGUAAGCACUGUUUUGGCGGCACACGGAGGACCAACAGCAUAUUAGGCAGGUGGUCAUAAUGUUUUGGCACAUCAGCGUAUUAAAAGCUGUUCUUUGAUUUGGAUGAUUUCAGAAAGCCCUGUUACAAAAACAGUAUUUACCCCUUUUUUCCAACCCGGCUGGCUCAAGAGGUCUGUACAACUGUUAAAAUUGUGGAGGGUCUGUGGCUGAAUUAUGCAUACGUACUGCGUUCAUUGGUUAUAUGCAACUAUGAAUACUGCAGUGAUUUUGUAAGUUCCUCACCACAGUAAACUGUCCUGUUCUCUCUCCUCUCCUGAUCUUUCAGUCCAUCACUCCACUCUUCCCCACUCCUUGGGUUUGGUCCCUGUCUGAUAUGUUUACAUUUCUGACCCUAGUACAUUUCAGUGGUAGUAGAAAAGAAGCAAAAGUUGAAAGCCGAUAUUUGGUGCUGACUGGAUCACACACUAUCAAAUAUAGUUUCUUGCUAGCUUUGUUUUUAGUGCCUUUGGAAAGGAAAGGAGGGAAAGUAACUAAUACAACCAAAAUAACCUUGCUACUUAAUGAAUGGUCGUGAAUUUCUUUACUUUUGAUAUUGUUUAUUGCUAGCCAUUGGCACUUUGCUGUGUACAAACAGAUGCAUGUGUGUACACUGUGCGCCUUGGACACUACAGGCGGUUUCCUGGACAUGGAUCGAGUAGUCUUUAAGACUGAAGUUUUAUCACCAGACAUCUCCAGUGGAAAUUAUAUCUGAGUAACCACUGCUUUAAAUCCAUAUUCAGAAAAACAGCCCUGAUUUUUUUUUCUAAAGGGUUAUGUAUCUGUUUAACCUGUCAGGAGUGCUAGAGUCACGUUUUAAACAAUAAAAAAACAUUCUAGCUCGAUAGUAUUAUUUUUAUAUACAAGACAUAAACUUUUUAAAUUAAUCUUUGCAUGUAGUCCUAUAUGAUAACUUUAUGAUAUCUUGUAAAUGUAUGUCUUAGUUUAAGUUUCCUCCUUUCUGGAAUGUCAUGAGUACAGAAUUUAACCGCAAUAUUUUGUCGUUUAUUAUCAAAAUAUUUGUACUUGCUUCUCAUCUUGUCCUCAGCUUUCCCUCUUUGAAUAAAUAAACAACAAA